GGCGGCGGGGGGGCCGGUGCGGCGCGGCCGCCAUGGACCUGCACAUCCUGGAGCACCGGGUGCGGGUGCUGAGCCUGGCCCGCCGCGGGCUCUGGCUCUACACCCACCCCCUGCUCAAGCUGCUCUUCCUCCCCCAGCGCUGCAGGUGCAAGUUUUUCAGCUUGACGGAGACCCCCGAGGACUACACCAUCAUGCUGGACGAGGAGGGCUUCAAAGAGCUGCCGCCCUCCGAGUUCAUGCAGGUGGCGGAUUCGACGUGGCUGGUGCUCAGCGUUGUCUCCAACGGCCGGGCGCCCACCGGCUGCCAGGCCACCGGGGUCACCAAAAUCGCCAGGUCGGUCAUCGCGCCGCUGGCCGAGCACCAUGUCUCGGUGCUGAUGCUCUCCACCUACCAGACCGAUUUCAUCCUGGUGCGGGAGCGGGACCUGCCCGUGGUGAUCCACACGCUCGCAGGGGAGUUCGACAUCUACAAGGAGGAGAGCGGCGAGUGCGUCCCCGUUGCCUGCGACGAUGUGAGCAACGGCUUCCUCAAGCCCAAGCCGGCCGCUAGCCCCACGCUGCACCCCGUGCAGAGCCCCCAGACCCGCUUCUGCGUCCUGACCGUGGCCCCCGACACGCUGCCCGCCAUCGCCACCAUGCUCAUCGAUGUCCUCUUCUACUCCCACAGCCCCCCGAGGGAGGCUGGGGCCGGCAGCCAGGACCUCGACUCCAUCACCUUCUUCGCCUUCUCCCUCAUCGAGGGCUACAUCUCCAUUGUGAUGGACGCCGAAACCCAGAAGCGGUUCCCCAGUGACCUGCUGCUGACCAGCUCGACGGGGGAGCUGUGGCGGAUGGUGCGGAUCGGCGGGCAGCCCCUCGGCUUCGACGAGUGCGGCAUCGUGGCGCAGAUCGCCGAGCCGCUGGCCGCCGCCGACAUAUCGGCGUAUUACAUCAGCACCUUCAACUUCGAUCACGCGUCCCCGAGGAGGGCAUCGCUGAGGUCAUCCAGCUGCUGCAGCAGCGCCAGGAAAGCGGCAGAUAGCGGCUGGCUGUCCCCACGCCGGGUGGCCCAGCGCGGUGGCACGGUGGGCCCCCCCUUCCCCCCCCCCCCCCUUCCCCUCUAUCCCUUAUAUUUGUUAUUUUUUUAAUUUUAAGUCUCGGUGUGGGGCAGAGCUGGGUGCAGCUGGGGACGUGGGGGCUUCGGGGACCCGCUGGCCUCGUGGCAGUGGGGCAGUGUCCUGUGGGAGGGGGGAGCAGUCCCCACCGUGCCACCCCAUGGGCGAGGUCGAAGGACAGCCCCGUGCCAUCCUCUGCCUCCAGCCCUGCCCGUGCAGGUUUUGCGGGGGGGGGGGGCUCGGCAGAAGAGUGGGUGUCCCCAGGGAACUGCUGGAGGAGGGGACGUGGCAGGGGGGGACGUGCCAGAGAGCUGUGAUGUGCCACCAUGGUGCUAGGGGUGACAGCCCAGGGCUG